AUGGAAUAUAACUACAGCUAAGAUUUUGAGGAUUAAUUGCUGAAUUUAAUAAAUUAGAAAAUACCUAAUAUUUUAUACUUAUCUUUAGAUGCAUUAGCAACGGCUUUAAAAAUGACAAAAUUAAAAGGCAAUUUAUAUCCAUUUGGUUCAUUUUGUAAUGGAUUUGAAAGUGAAAUUAAAGAUUUAGAUUGUGUAUUCUUAACACCUUGUGAUGAUAAACCUACAAGUUUAUUAAGGUAGGUUUAAGCAGGCAUUAGAGCCUAUAAUGAACAAAAUCUUAUACCUUCAUUAAAAAUUAAUGCAUUUAUAUCUCAUGCUAAGGUAUGAUCAAAUAUACUUAAAAGGUUCCGAUUAUUAAAUUGGUUGAUACUACAAAUAAUGUUGAAAUAGAUUUGAGUGUUAAUAAUAUAAAUGGUAUUGUUAAUUCAAAAUUACUAUAUGAAUAUUCAUAACUACAUCCUAAAAUCAAACAGAUGGGACUAUUAUUAAAAUUAUGGGGUAAAAGAAAUAGAUUAAUAAAAACUGGUUCUUUAUCAUCUUAUGGAAUGAUUAUCUUCAUGAUACACUUUUUAUAAGAAAAAUAUAAAGUGCCUUAUUUAUCUGAUUUUAAAUUAACUGCAUAACAUUUAAAGAAUUUAGAACAAUUGGAAAACAACCCCUAUUUUCGAAUAGGUUUAAAAGUUGAUUUACCUGAACUCACAUAAACUUCUUUAUAAUAGUUAUUGUAUGAAUUCUUCUCAUAUUAUUAACCAUAGGGUGAAUUUUAAUAAAAAAAUAUUUGUAUAUCAAUUCAUAGAAUUCCUAUAUAAAAUGUUCAUCAUAAUUUUACCUUAAAGAUUUAAGAUCCAAUUAAUCUGAGAUAAGAUCCAAGUAAAAGGUUUGAAUUGUAAUGUUUAGAGUUUUAGAAUGCUUUUCUAAAAGCUAAAAAAUUGAUUUAAUAACAUGAUAUACAUGCAUUUGAUUAUAAUGAUAUUGCAAAGAAUAAAGUAAAAAAGAAUAAUAAACUUCAUUAAUAAUUUCAAUAAAGUUGA